AUGUCAGAACCAAGGCUGAUGAUUGUGUACAGAUGCUCACAUGAACUUCCAGAUACGAACGCAUACUUGGAGAGAAGAAAGCCAGAAGGUUCAUCCAAAAAGCCACCUUUCUUGAAUUUGUUCAAGAGGGCCUUGAGUCUCGGUUCAGGUAUCGUAAGGAGACCGUGCAUGGAUCUUUGUCCUGCUUGUCAGGCAAAAGAACGUAUACUUGCCCCUACACCUCCCCGAGCUCAAGCUCCUCGAGCUCGACCUCCUCGACCUCCUCGACCUCAACCUCUUCGACCUCAACCUCCUCAAGAACAAGCACCUCAGGCCCCAAUGCCCCUUCAAACCCCUCCAACAUUUGAUUACAUGUUUCAAGACGUGGAUUCCGAUGACUCUGAUGCCUCAGAUUCCUCAGAUGCCUCAGAUGCCUCAGAUGUCUCUUUGACAGACUACCAAGAGUUGACCAAACUAUGGGACAGCCUUCGAAAUAGGAUGCAAGAAAGCCCGAAAAUAACUCCAUCCCUUCACUCCGAACGCAGACGUCCGAGGAGCGACACAACAUUUGAAAUCACUUCUGAGCGACCACGCGCGGACUCUCCCAAUCCAUUCCGCAUCCGAGUGGAGCAAUGGACUGGGAAAAGACCGCAAGAAGCCAUCAAGAGGCAAAUCGAACGGACGCGUAACCAUUGGCCACCUCAAACGAGGAGCAACACAGCACCCGAAUUUACUUCCGAGCGACCACGCGCGGACUCUCUCACUCCACUCCACAUUCGAGUGGAGCAAUGGACUGGGAAAAAGACGCAAGAAGCCAUCAAGAGACAAAUUGAGCGAGAGCGGAACAUUCGGCCACCUCAACUUUCUCCCAUCAGAGUUCACACUCCCAUCCAUAUGGCUGAUCAUUCGCAACCUUCUGGACUCAUCUCCUUCCCUCGCUUCUCAACAGCGUAUACAAACUCCCCUUCUCCUCCUCUUCCCUCCUCUCCUGAGUCCUAA